GAGGAAUGUAAGAAAGUAAGCCAUAUCCUCGACCCCAGAAAAGGUUCGAGCCGCGUCUUGCUUGAGCGGCGAAAUGCGUCUUACCGAAAAGCAACGCCGUCAAUUAUUAACCCGCAUUGCCGAGGCCGUCGCUCCACAUCCGGGCCAUUACGAACUUCCGCGCCGAAGAAAUCGUUGAAGGCCCGCCCAACCGAUCAACCAGUCACUCAACUAUACAACCAAGUAACCAACCAACCUACCAACCAAACAUAUAUUCAACCACCGAAGACUGACCGACCAGCCAUCCAUUUAACCUUCCAGCCACUCAACCAAUAUCCGAUCAACCGACAAACCAAUUAAUCUGCCAUCUUCACAAGGAGGAAACGAGGAAAAGGAUAGAUAGAUAUACAGAUAGAUAUACAGAGAGAUAGAUAGAGGUGAGAUAAGGAGAUGUAAGGUGAUGCGAGGAAAUGCGAGGCAGUAUGAAUCCCAGUCCAGUUUAUUUUUAUUUUUUUAUAGUUCCUAAAGUCCCUAAAGUCUUCUAACCCAACACGAGAUAGUAAAGAAGCCCCCUCACGAAGACCCCAACUUAACUAUUAUAGACCCCCUAAUAAGUAAGUACCCAGUAAGCCACGUCCUUGCAACACACACACACGCAACACUGGCCUUGGGAGUGACUUAUGUGUGAUGUGUUGUCUGUUCAUGACGCGAAGAACUAUAAACCUCCUUCUAGCAACUCAAAAAUAAAAAAAAGGGAAAAUAAAUAAACAUCCAUCACAGAAGAAAGAAAAAUAUAAUGUUAAUCAAUGUCCACAAAUAGCAUCUCGACUCUCCACCAAAUUAUGUUCCGUGAAGGCGUCUAUCCACACAAGGAAGACUCCACCUCCUUCUUGACUCCUCCCUACCUCGCCUCUCCCCUUACCUCCACCCCUCCCUCUCUCUCCCUCUUUCUCCCUAGUGACCACCCAUCCUUCCAGUCCCCUCCUGUUGGUCCCCCGUCAAUCUGAUCAGCGGGAAUACGAGGGGAGAAGGGAGGAGAGGGGCGGAGGGAGAGUUAGAGGGAAGGAGGGAGUUGAGGCAUUCAGUCUGUGGAGGAUGAGUGGGAAGGGUAGUAGGCAGCAGUAGAUGGGAGAGAAAAGUCCCCGGUGAAGGCUCGGCUGUUGUUGCAGAGGUGGUGUUGGUGGUGGAGGUGACGGUGGUGGUGGUGAAGGUGUUAUAGACUUGGGGUUAUUGUGGUGGUGGUGAUAUUGUUUUGGUGGUGAUGGUGAUAUAUUGUGGUGGGUGGUGGUGACUGCAGUAGUGGAGGUGGUGGUGGUGGUGGUGCUGUUGUUUAUGGUGCCGAUGUUAUAGAUUUGGCGUUAUUGUGGCAGUGGUGGUGAUGGUGGUGGUGGAGGUGGUGGUGGUAGUGCGAUAUUGAUGGUGAUGUUGUUGUCCUGGUUUUGCUGGUGAUGGUGCUUUAAACUUGGUGCUAUUGUGGUGGUGGUGGUGUUGGUGAUGGCGUUGCAUAGUUCAGUUCCACAUUCAGGGGGCCGUUUGCACCAGUAACAUUUCUCCUCAAUGCCACCAGAAAAACAAACCGUAUACAUCCACCACCUGUCGUACGUGUUUGGCGACAGUAUUGGUGCACCGAAGUCUCUGCUGGCACGCUGCGAGGGAAUGCGAGAAAAGGAAAUACAAUAGAACGCAGCCAACGAAAGAAAAACAUUGCACCACGCGCCUUACGAAACAAAGUGCAGCGCCGCAAUCUUCUCUCUUCUUCUUUACGAGUCUCAUGAAUAACUUAUUUACAGGAACGUGACGACGAGGCGGGAAAGGAACAAAAAAAAAUUAAGAAAAAUAUAUACACAUGGAUGCUGAGAUUAAAAAAAAAAAUAACUAAAGUGUCGAUUAGAUAACCAAGUAAGUGACCUUGGUGGUAGUUGCUUCCUUGCUCCAGGGAAGAGGGGCGGACGAGCGUAUAGGCCAAGAAAGGUGGGAAGAAGAGAGCGAGUAGAAGGAGGAAGAGAAGAAAGGAAGGAGGGAAGAGUAUAGGAGCAGCGUUAGUAUUGUUGAGAGAGAAGUAAGAAAGGGCAGAGGAAGAAGGAGGAGGCGGCGGCGAGGAAAGGAGGGGAGCAAACAGCACCCAGAGAAAGCCAGGCGCGAGAUCGAAAAGUCGUCAUCAUUAAUGGAGGCGGCGGAAGGCGGAGGCGGAGUCGGCGUCCCACAGUAACAUGUCAGGCCUGUUAAGCAUCGGAUCCCGGGCGGCCAGUGUGCGUCGCCAGCGCCGGCACCUCGCGUCCGUCUCCGCCCACACCUCCCCCACCCACUCCCACAGGUCGUCACUCACCCACCUGUCGCCCGGCGAGUUCUCCCGCCCCCCGACACACAGCGCCCCCGUCAGUCCCAGCCACACGCCCGCCUCACAGCGCUCCCCCACGUGCCCCUCCCGCCCCAGCAACCUCAGCCUUCUCGUGCCGCCUUCCCAGGGGUACCAACAGGGUGCCAAGAGUGCCCCCGUCACGCCCCAAGGUCGCUCUAGCCGCAGGAACACCUUCCACUCCUCCCCCACGCCCUCAAGGUCCCGAAGCGGGUCACCCACUCCCUCGAGGUCACGUGCUGGGUCAUCUGCGUUCAGUAAGUCAGAGAACGAGUCACCCACUUUCGUGAGGUCAAGGAGCGGGUCGCCGACUUUCAUAAGAUCGAGGAACGGGUCACCGACGUUCGUCAGGUCACACAGCGUGUCGCCGAGACCCUCACGGGCCGCCAGCAGGUCACCGCCGCCUGCCAUCAACAAUUACCCCAGCCCCACCGAGGCCCAGGACAGGCUUUCCAGCCCCUCGCCGCCCUUCCAAAGGUCACCGCGAGCCUCCCUCAGCUCGCAAACCAGGUCAUCCCCCUCGCGUUCCCCGUCCCUCAGGGGCUCACCGACUCGCGCCCCCUACUAUCUCAGGGGAGCCCGCACCGCAUCCUGGUCAGUCAGGGGCUCCUCUGCCACCACGCCCCUCAGCCCCGCGCCCCAGUCCAUCGCCUCCUCCUACAGCACCUUCGACUCCCUCCCGUGGGGCCUCAGCCACCUGCACCACCAGGUGUCAGUGGACGACCGGCGGCAGCUUUUCUCGGCGGACAAGCUCAACGUCGAGAGCGGGAUGUCGGCGUACGGCUCCAUCGUGUACCAGAUGAAGGACGCCAACAUGGAGGCGAACAGCACCUGCGAGUUCGUCUACAAGGCGCUCAAGAUCAUUAGCAAGACAGUGCUGAUGACGGUGCUGCUCAUCAUCACGAUAUCGGUGCCGGUGCUUAUGGUCAUCAUGGGUGUGCAGUACCUCCACGACUGCCCGCUGGAGCCUAACAUCCCUAUCUACCUGCUCGUGGGAGGCUGCUUUGGCACAAUGAAGAUGCUCUGGCUCGUGUGUCAACAGAUACGGUCGAGGCGCUACGAGAGGAUCGAUGACGCCUUCGCCGAGGACAGCCUGGACGAGAUCUUUACGUCGACGAGCUACCGGGCUACCGACGUGGCGCUGACGAUCUUCCUGGUGGUGUGGUUCGGCAUGGGGAACUACUGGGUCUAUCGCAUCUACCCGCCCAAUUUCCAGUUCACCCUCUUCGCCCCUAAUGACUGGUGCUCCAAGACGCUGUACCUGUUCGCGGUGGCCCAGCUGCUGUUCGUGUACGCCAUCCUCGGCGUGCUCACCGUGGUGGUGUUCUGCCUCGCCUGCGGCCAAAAGUGCGUCAUGCUGUUUGGCGAGAGCUACAAGUGAGCCAGGGAGAGCCGACGGCGAGCCAGGGAGGCCAGAAGGAAGAAGAAGGCAGCGGCGGCGGCUGCAGCAGCAGCAGCAGCCAGCACUCAGCAGCACCGCGACGGCGAGCGUAAGGACAGCAGAGGGCGGGGCGACGCGCUCAUGAAUGGCCGCCGCUGUGAGGACAUGUCGGACGCGAACCUGGACACACGCAGCGAGGGAGGCCUCAAGCCCAUGACAGUGCAGCCGCGGAAGAGCAGCAUCGGGGACUACAUGAACCUGUCCAAGCAAAGCGCUGUGUUCCAAAACGCGGAGGCCCGCCAAGGGGCCGUCUCCUCCCUGGAGGUGCCCGGCGCCGAGGAUUGUAACGCCGACGACAACAGCGAAGGGGCGGAGGGCAGGGCAAAACGCGUGCUGCUAAUGGUGUGAGCCGGGCGUGCCGCCCCCUGCCUCCCGCCCCACCCUGACGGUCCCCACGCUCUCCGAUGCCUUUCAUUCACCGUGUAGAAAACGUAGCAUUUGUACUGAGAAUCCCCAUCAUAUCACUGGACUCACGUCAUCUCCACCCUUCUCUACUACGUAAUAGCUCGUCCGGGAGGCGCCCCGGCGAGCCCGUGUACAUACUCUAACCUAAAACCCAUAUGGGGCUUUGGUCUAACCCCGCGCCUGAGGCCCGCCGCCCCACGCCUCGGGGUGACCGGCCGCUGAGUAGAGGGGGAUCGCCGGUGGCCCUCCCGGCCUGAGCACCCACCUGCCCUGCCCCGCCUGAGUGCCGCCUGGAUGCCCUUCACGUUGACGUCGAGGUGUUAGCAUGCACACGAAAAAUAUUUUUGUAUAAACGGUCUUCAACGCGGCAACGCUCAGCCUGUCUCCAGCAUCUGCUCCUCACACCACCGCUUGGCAGACUCUACCAGCCCUAACUCACUCAAUGGUAUAAUCAAUGUUGAAAUCAAAAUAACGUGUACAGAGACUACUAGACACAUACUCACAUUGCCCUACGCGUCACGCUGUGCAGGAGGUUCCAAGCCAUUAGCCAAACACUCCACGUCCUUCACCCCGCCUCUCCUUCCCACCAAUAAUCCGCCCUCGCCCAUCCUCGCCCCUACGGUAAUCUCACUCGCCUACUGCUGCCUCGACAGUUUCCUUCCACCUACUUGCCUUCUCCGUUUUCCUUCCCUUCUCAGCGCCUUUCCUUCUUCCUUAUCUUCUUCGACUCAGCACCGUCCUCUCCGAUAUUACUCCAGAAUUACACCCAACUCAUUCCGGUGGUUGACAUUAUAACUAUGAUGGAUUAGCUUCCUCAUAAUUACUCAAAGUUUCCGUCGUAAGUUACUAGUUUCUGAGAUUGGUUCCUGAGAUUUGAGCAACUAAUUAGGCGGUGAUUGGUUACGGUUUUAGCGGAGAUAGGUUAUUAUCUUAGCGGCGAUGGGUUGCUAUACCUUGAGAUAAGAUUGUUUGUUUUCGUUUUCUUUUGUUUUGCUUUUACUUAAAGAAAACGUGGCGCUCCAUCUUGAGUUGGGUUUAAUUCUAUAUUUCUUUGUCAAGUUAUGUAAAUUCUCUCUCGUCCCCCGUAAACCAUCUCCCUCCACGUUUGUAAUAUUCCCUUCUCUCCCUGAAUCGUCCAUAUCUCCAUAUUAUAUUUACACUCUUCCCUCUUCUCUCUCCACCUGCAAUCUCUUUCUCCACACCUCCCUUAUAUGUAGUCUCCCUUCCACACCUAUGCCUCUCUCACUCCAAACUUUUUUAUCUUCAUCUGCAACGUUUUCUGUGAGACAAAGAAGGAAAACGUUUGCCAGAAUAAAACUAACAUGAAGCAAACUUUCCUAAGCCUCCUCCUCCUCCUCCUCUUCCUCUCAGACACGGACGGACCCUCCCCCUCUGCCACAUUAGCAUAUAAAUGUAAUAAAUAAACCAACCAAUAAAUAGAGAAAUAAAAGACCUAAUAAGCAUAAGACUUCAAACAUAUCAAAACGUCUUUCCUAAUGUUACAUACUCACCACAUACCCACCAUAGGAUAUAACCAAGGAUAACAAGCAGACAGACAUGCAGGCUUUCCCCCCCGUGCAUUUAUUAGACUAUAAGCGAUGCGCGGACUUGUAAAAACUGGUCUCCGGCGCAGCUGAGUAGGGCGUGUUGGCCAAUUCGUACGCACCGUGCCAUUUAGUACUGUCGAGACCGUGGAAUAUUUAAACUGGACUGAAAUCUUGAAACUGUGUGGAAAUAAAGCAUGUUCACGAGUCAUUAUUUAGGCAUUUAUUUCAUUGUCACACCUCAGAUAAAGAACUUCAAUAAACAAAAAUAGAAAAAAAUUAACUGUAGAA